UUGUCAACAUGUGGAAGUGUCUAGUGCUGGUAUUUUGUAUUUAUGUAAAUCUGGUGUACACAGAUGAUGUUUGGCGUCACGUGAAUAUUACUCAGGGACAAGUGCGCGGCCGCAUGGUGCCUGAAGGUGGUGUUUAUGCGUUUUAUAAUAUUCCUUAUGCGACUGCUCCGACAGGGUCUAAUAGAUACAAGGCUCCCCUCCCUCCACCAGUAUGGUUGACCCCGCUUAUAGCUGAAGAUCGCAAAAUAAUCUGUCCACAAUCUUGGCCAGAAUCAAUGAAUAUUCAAGAAGACUGCCUGGUCGCCAAUGUGUAUGUUCCUGACACUGACGUGACUAAUUUGCCAGUAUUAGUAAACAUUCACGGCGGAGGUUAUCAAACAGGAUUCGGAACACUUUCAGAAUUUAACGCUUUAGUAAAAACCAAGAAGUUAAUAGUGGUUACAUUUAACUACAGAUUAGGUGUUCAUGGUUUCCUUUGUCUUGGCACUGAAUUUGCCCCUGGUAAUGCGGGACUGAAGGAUAUGGUAGCGCUCCUACGUUGGGUAAACACCAAUAUUGCCAGUUUCGGUGGUAACCCUGAUGAUGUAACUCUAGCCGCCUGCAGUGCCGGAUCUGGUGCGGUAGAUUUCCUUACUCUUUCUAGCAUUACAAAAGGCUUGUUCAAGAAAGCUAUAAUGGAAAGUGGUGUCAGUAUUGGCGGUGUCGGAGCACAAAUCAAUCCAAUCCAAAAUGCUAAAAACUUUGCACAAGUACUGAAUUUCAACAAUGUUGAUGAUUUUAAUAGUUUGGAAGAAUUUUAUAAAACUGUUUCAUUUGAGCAAUUGGUUUCUCGACUUGAUGCUAUAGUAAAUAAUGAAGGAGUUACUGUUCGAUUUGGUCCAUGUGUAGAAAAAGAUAUAGGACAAGAAAGAGUCGUAUCAGAUGUUCCUAUGGAUAUUAUGAAAACAGGGAACUAUUCAAAGAUACCCCUGAUGUUCGGAUUCACCGACAUGGAUGGUGCUUUAAGACUUCCGGUAUUUGAUGCUUGGAAAGAUCGAAUGAAUGAAAAAUUUUCCGAUUUUCUACCAACGGAAUUACAUUUCGACAGUGAAGAUAUUAAGGAACAAGUCGCCGAGAAGGUCAAAAGGUUUUAUUUCGGUGAUGAUUCCGUAGGUGAUCACAGUAUUGUGUCCUUUAUAAAUUAUAAUACUGAUGUAUUAUUUGCAUACCCAAUGUUGAAAGCUCUGUCCACGCGUAUAGAAGCUCUUGAUGAUACAAUUUAUCUUUUUGAAUAUUCGUUUGUGGACGAAGACACUCCCAGUUUCCCGCAUACAGAAGUACUUGGUGCUGAUCAUUGCUUCCAGUAUAUAGCAGUUAUGGAUGAAGAUGUAACUAAUAGAACGCAAGAGUAUAAGCAGAUUAAACAAAUUGUUAGAGACAAUUGGGUUAAUUUUGUUUUGAAUGGUGCACCAUUGUCUAGAGAUCUUGUCUCGCAAUGGCCACCUGCGAGUAUACACAGAUCUCCUUAUAUGUCAUUGGGUCGAGACAUAGUGCUGAGGGACAGUAGUCCUAUUGCAGAGAGAGCAGCUUUUUGGGAUGAAAUCUUUGAAGAACAUUAUCGAGGACCCAUUGUAGACACGGGUGCUACUCCUACUCCUGACAACAGCGCCACGUCAUUGAUGAUCUCAAAUGUUACAAUGCUUGUAGCAACUUAUUUGUUUCUCCUUUUAAAUAGACACUAAGUAUGAAACAUUUUUGAUUGAUAUUGUUAUGGUCAUUUAGAGGUAGGACUUUGGCAGUAAUUUCUGUUACUAUUGGCAGAAAAACAAAGCCGUUGGUCCUGAGGUGAUUGUGGUUUUCUAUUGACGUGUAAAAUUGUCAUGGAUUUUUACGAAUUGCGAUUGUGAAAGUAAGAUAAAGUAAAAUACAUCUGUGUUUGCGUUCGGACUUAUUUGUCCAUUUCAAUAUAUCUUGUGCUAAUGGCAUAAAUGCUGGCUGAUUCACGUGAAUUGAAAAAAAAAACAUUUGAUCGAAACUAUGUAAAACCUGCUGAAGAAUUAGUGUAGAUAAUAUGACAUAUUUACAUAUCUUGCGUGUGUUCAUACUUUCCUAUGUACAUGUACUGUAUAUGUACUCAUAAAGUUAUGAUUAAUUUUUAAUUACUAAGAUCAAUAACAAGUAAUUCACUGAUUAGGUGCGAACGUGCGCACGCUCUUAUCGAUUUGGAUUACCGUAGUAUUUUCUAUUGAUAAUAUUCAAAAACGGAUUGUAUCUUACCUACUGUGAGCAAAAUGGUCAGAUAAAACGGGAAACGAUAAUAUCUUUAUUACGUUUUUUAUCAAUACUUUAUUGAUUGAUGAGACUUAGUACAUAAUAUAGAUAAUAAUUUAUUUUCUCGACUUUACAUUUAUGCACAAAUUGCACAAUCAUCCAAGUGAUGUGUUAUUUUUAAGU